AUGCCGUCCGCAUCAUUCAAACACUUCGUAAUUUCCGUCAGUGGAUCUUUCUCGGGGUAUAAACAAGCCGAUCUGAAAUCGAUCAUCGAAAGCCGUGGCGCAACAUUCAGUCCUGGUGUCACAAUUGGCUGCACCCACUUAAUCACUACGCAGAGAGAAAUCAACAACAACAACACGAAAUAUGUCCAAGCUACCAAGGUCUACAACUGCAAAAUUGUCUCUGUUGACUGGCUCAUCGACUCACACGAAGCCAAGAAGCCGCUCGACGAGAAGGAUUACCUGUUUAACUCCAACUCCAAGUCUGAUGAUGAGGACAGUGGUGAUGAAAAGAAAAAGCGCACAUUGGAAGAGGCUUUGGAUCUGACGGACGAUCGCGCCAGCAAAAAGCCCAAAGACGCGCAGAAGGCUAACUCUAAAGCUCUCAAUGUCCCCGUUGAUGAAGGUUGCCAUUUGAAAGGAAUUCGUUCUGUGCUUAUCGAUGAAGCCGGUCUCAUCUGGGACGCGACGCUGAACCAGACUGUUUCGGGAAAGAACAGCAACAAAUUUUACCGUAUCCAGAUUUUGACAGACAAAUCCGGGACAGAAAUCAAUACCUGGACCCGUUGGGGCAGAGUCGGUGAGCAUGGUCAAUCCGCUCUUCUAGGGGACGGUUCGCUACAGACGGCCGAAGCCGAAUUCAAGAAGAAGUUCAAGGACAAGUCUGGUUUGACAUGGGACAACCGGCUUGACGACCCUAAGAAGGGCAAAUACACGUUCAUCGAGCGCAAUUAUGAAGAGGACGACUCGGAUGAUGAAGAAGACCAGAAGAAAGCUGUUACAAAAGAGAAAAAGCCAGAACCGAAGAGUACCCUUUCGGGGCCCGUUCAGGACGUUAUUUCAUUCAUCUUCAACCCCGACCACUUCCAAUCCGUGAUGGCAUCUAUGUCUUACGACGCCCAGAAACUGCCCUUGGGUAAACUGAGCAAACGAACCCUUCGAAUGGGCUUUCAGUACCUCAAAGACCUCUCCGAUCUCAUCUCUAAUCCCCGAUCGGCGAACAGAAAAUACGGCACCAACUUCGCAGCAGCAACGGAAGAUCUCAGCAAUCAGUACUUUACAGUUAUCCCACACGUCUUCGGUCGCCAUCGGCCACCCGUGCUCAACACUGAUCAACAGAUCAAGAAAGAAAUUGAACUCCUCGAAGCUCUGACCGACAUGGAGGUCGCCAACGAUAUCAUGAAAGAAUCGAAGGAUGAGGACACCAUUCACCAGCUGGACAGCCAGUUCCAGAGUCUUGGAUUAAAAGAGAUGACGGCCUUGGAUCGCAAGUCCAACGAAUUCAGCGAGCUUUCGAGUUACCUUCUGCAGUCGCGUGGAUCCACCCAUCACUACAGAUACAACAUCAUGAACAUCUUCCGCAUCGAACGAAACGGCGAAGAAGACCGCUUCCAAGCCUCCCCAUACUCCUCCCGCAACCCCAGCAACCGCCGCCUUCUAUGGCACGGCUCCCGCAGCACCAACUACGGCGGUAUCCUUAGUCAAGGUCUCCGGAUCGCGCCCCCAGAAGCCCCCGUCAGCGGCUACAUGUUCGGCAAGGGCGUAUACUUCGCCGACAUGUCCACUAAGUCAGCCGGAUAUUGCUGCUCCUACAGCAGUGCCAACACGGGACUUUUGCUUCUCUGCGACGUCGAGCUGGGCGACCCUAUGCUGGAGCUCGAUAACAGCAGCUACCACGCGGGCGAAGAGGCCAAAAAGGCCGGCAAGAUCGCCACCUUGGGUCGUGGGUCUUCGAUCCCCGCUGGAUGGAAGGAUGCCGGCUGCGUUCAUCCCGACUUGAAGGGCGUGCAGAUGCCGGAUGUUGGGAAGGGAGCGGCGUCCGCAACGUCGAAUUGUCUCUGUUAUAACGAGUAUAUCGUCUAUGAUGUCUCACAGAUUCGGCAGAGAUAUUUGUUUCAGGUUCAUAUGGGCUAG